AUGUGUUUGUUUGACAAUAAUCGCAAGAACGACGGGAAAAUUGACUUGAAUUACAUUGACAGCACUGGUCUCAGUCACUUUCAUGUGGCCAUCAUGUUCAAUGCUUUGGACAUUGUAAGGAGAUUUCUCCAGUCCGGGCAAAAGCCCAACUAUCUUCUGGGAAUAAAUUUUGAAUCACCAUUACACUUGUCUUUAUACUUCGGAUCCAAGAAAAUGUUCAAAUUAUUAUUGAUUUUCGGCGCAGAUCCGAAUUUCGCGAAUCCCAGGGGAGAGACUCCUAUUCACAUCAUCUGCAAGAAAGAUAAAGAUGCUCAUAUCUUUGCAAAGCUGCUGUUUGACAUAAGUGCCAAGAGGAAGCUUCCAGUUUCAGUCAACAGCGUGGACCGUUUGGGUAACAGACCAUUAGACUAUGCAUUGGACUCGGGAAAUAGGUACUUAGUAUGGAUGCUGAUUAAAAACGGUGCCAAUCCAUGUUUGGUCAAGGAGGAGGAAUCGACACGUCUGCUCAUCAAUGAAAUCAUCAAUUACAAAAGUUUUGACAAUAUUGAGGAACAGACAUCAGAGUUCGACGAUGAAAUCAUCGAUGAAAUGAGAAUGUACAAGAUAGAGGAACAGAUACGUAUACUCCUCGAUGAAGAAAGUUUAAUAGAUAUAGAAGAAGAGACAACUCUGUCCAUCGAUGAAAUUAGCAAUGGAGAAAGUUUAAUAGAUACGGAAGAAAAGACAACUCUGUCCAUCGAUGAAAUUAGCAAUGGAGAAAGUUUAAUAAUAGAUAUGGAAGAAGAGACAGAUGUGUUCAUUGAUGAAAUUGACGAUGGAGAAAGUUUAAUACAUACGGAAGAAGAGAAAGCUCUCUCCAUCGAUGAAACCGCCGAUGAAGAAAGUCUCAUCGACACAGAGGAAGACGUACCUCUGUCCAUUGGUGAAACCGACGACGAAGAAAGUUUAAUCUAUACAGAGGAAGAAAUAACUCUGAAUGAAGAAAGUUUGAUGAAUGCAGAGGAACAGAAAACUCUGCCCAUCGGUGAAACCGACGAUGAAGAAAGUUUAAUCGAUACAGAGGAAGAAAUAACUCUGAGUGAAGAAAGUUUGAUGAAUGCAGAGGAACAGACAACUCUCCCCGUCGAUGAAGAUGACGAUGAGAAAAGUUUAAUCGAUACAGAGGAAGAAAUAACUCUGAAUGAAGAAAGUUUGCUGGAUGCAGAGGUACAGACAAUUCUGCCCGUCGACGAAGAUGACCAUGCGUCGUUGAAAGAAUAA